AUGCGCCCUUCCCAGCACCCUCGCCAUUUACAGCAGAUUCAGCCUUUGCCGCAGGAGUCGCUUCUCCAACGCUUGUGUCCUUCGCAGCAACUGCACCAGGUGCAGCCGGUGCAUCCUUACGAGCAACUUCGGUCUUUGCAGCAGCAGCAGCAGGGGCAGCCUCUGCAGUAUAUGCACCCCCUGAAUCCGGCGGGUACUCCGCAUCAGGCGCAGCCUUUGUAUCCGCUGCACAAUUUUCAGCCUCUGCAGCAGGCGCAGCCCUUGCAACAGGUGCAGCCUUUGCAGGAGCUUCGGCAGGUGCAGACUCUGCAGCAGAUGCAGCAGGUGCAGUCUGUACAACGGCUGCAGCAGCUGCAACCUCCGGCCAAGGAGUCAUUGGAGUUUUUGGCAACCAACAUAACUUCACCAAGCAGCUCCGGUGGAGCAGUGGGACGGCCUAGAUUGCAUGCGACGUUUCAUUCUCCCCCGGACGUGAAGAGUGUAGGCGAGUUGGUGCGAGCGAUGCACUUCCUGUUGGAUAUUCUGGAGAAAAGAAGAAGAACGGAGGAGUUCAUGAAACGCACCAAAACUGUUAGCCUCCUAAAUCCCUACAUCCCCGCAAGUGGAGGAACUGAAGAAAAAGGCGAACAUAUCAGUGCUCAACAAAAAGCUGCAACUCCCCUAUCGGAGAGUCAUUCCUGCAAAAGCGAGAGGCCAAGCCUUGAAGAGCCAACAAAAGAAGAAAGUCAAGAUGAAAAUAGCAGGAAGAUAUCUACUUGCGAGGAGGAUAUAAAGCUUUGUCGUGCCGAUAAUGCUGAAUACACGAAAUUACUCAGUGCGUUUCGCCUUGUCCGUGUCAAACUCGUUGAACUCUUACUUGCCUCGGUAGUUGGAGAAACCGCAGCUAAGUUUCAACCGACAAUAAAAAAUUAUCUGAAGGCGUUGAAGCCUCAGGUGCGGCAGCAGCUGCGAGAGCUGAUUAAGCUGCAGAAACUGCCUGCUGAUUAUUACGUCGAAAAGGCAGAAAAAUUCUGCUGCAGGGACUUUUUUAGAUUUCUAUACACCCCUGAUGAGACAUCCACAGACAAAGCCAACAUAGUCAUGUUGCCAGAUGGGAGAUGCACGAAACUAAUCAGGACGGUCACGGGGCAACCGGAACCAACAAGUCCAACCAGUGACAGUUCUGAGGACGAUGACGAAAGCAGGAGGAGGCCCUAUCGACGGCAGCAUCACGAUAUAAAUGCUGAGAAACAGAAGAUAUACAAAGCACCAAACAAGGGAGGAGAUACGGAUAAGCACAAGCCGCCACAGAAACAAAUAGGACAGGGAAGGUCACUAACAUGCUACCAGCAAAGUGACCAGAGCUUAGUUGUUCCACCUCCCCUCCUCUCGCAAGGCAACAACUCGUAUAUCCAGCCAGCCCGGCAGGAGUAUUUGCCUUUCCCGCCUUUGCCGAUCAGCCUCCUCCCAACUCUACAGCCAAACCAUCUGCAGCGAACUUGCGACCAAAACAGCAGCAGCGAAUGCGGUUCUCCUGCUGUUCCUCCUUCUUCGAUCAAGGGGUGUUCUCACGAGAAGGCGAACAACGAAGAGCUUCUGCCGGACCUGCAGGGACCAGACCUCCUACCUAGCCAAUUGUGGCCGUCAGCAACGCUCCUCCAGAAGCCAGCAGCACAGCACAAUGAUGCAGGAGAUAGCCCCAACACCAUCACGACAGCUGUGUCGCUAGAUUGCCAGCAGCAAGAAUCGCCAAACACAGAUGAUCCAGCGAUAUUGUUACCCCCUAUUAGCCCCGGCGAAAAUAUGCGAGGCGAACAAAUGCAGACGCCUCUACGGUCACCUUUGUUCACUGAAGCCUCCUCGGUUUUCUCAGCUACGGCGCCUGCAGAACCGCCAGCCUACGAGCUGCAGCAAAAGCAGCGGCAGCAGCAACAACGAAAUCAACUUAUCCUUACACCAGCGACAGACCCUCCUCGGUUUUCUCAGCUACGGGGCCUGCAGAACCGCCAGCGUACGAGCUGCAGCAAAAGCAGCGGCAGCAGCAACAACGAAAUCAACUUAUCCUUACACCAGCGACAGAUGACAGAUCUCGGGAACACUCAGCUACAGAGAGAUGGGGGGGCGCACCGAACGGCGGCAACUCCGCGCACUCUUCAUAACACCCGCACAGCAGGGAAGCCUCAAGGCAGCCCUCAAAGCCGUCCAAAGAUAGUGAGGAUCCGCAGGGGAAAGAAACCGAGGCAGCAACUGCAUCAACCACAGCAGCGACAACAGCAGCGACAACAGCACUAUACGCCGCAACAGCAACAGCAACAGUACCGUGCACAUCAACAGCUGCAGCAACAGUACCAUAUGCGGCAGUACCAGCGGCAACAGCGUAAUGCGCAGCAGCACCAGCUGCAACAGUACCCUAUGCUGCAUCAGCGUCAACAGCAGCACCCGCGGCAGCAACAGCCAUUGCCACCCCGUCUGCAAGCGCACCUGCACGAUACCCAGUUGAAUGUUUCCAAGCAUACAUGGCAGCAGCAGCAGCAGCAGCAGCAACAGCAACAGCAGCAACAACAGCAGCAGCAACCCGCUGAACUUGCUGCGCCUGAGUUGUUCCGUAGUCGCCGUUGGCUGGGCAACAAUGACCUCCGCUGGCAGCAGCAGCAACAUACAGCUGCUGCAGCUGAACAAGCAUCAAACGCAACACACAAAGCUCCAGCAAAAGCAGCAGCAGCAGCUGGGACGGAAGAAGUGCCCGUAGCGUCCCCAGCGCGGGCUGCAACAGCAGCAGCAACAGCAGCAGCAGCAGCAGCAGAAACAGAGGCAGCAGCAGCGCCUGCCGCCCCCAAAGAGGUGGUUGCAGAUACUCCACAGUCUGUCUCGAAGCACAACAAGGCCACCACUAACUGUCUUGACAUCAGAGGCUGCAGCUACGGUAGCAGCAGCUGCAGCAGCAGCAGCAGCAGCAGAUGCUGCAACAAUGGCAGCUGCAGCAGCAGUAUUACAGAGCAGCAGAUCGACCAGAAGAGAGCGCGGCUGUUCUCUCGCCCGGAAGUUUUGACUGCACAGGAGGUGUAUGCUGCUGUGAGGUGUAUAACUGACCCUGAGCAUCCAUACACCCUAGAGGAGCUGAUGGUGGUGCUUCCAGAGUAUGUUAAGGCAACACUAAUAGGUUUGCUGCUGCUUGUGAAGGCGCAGCGUGCAGCAGCAGCAGCAGCAGCAACAGCAGCAGCAGCAAUUCAGGUUUCUAUAAUACCGGGCUCGCAUGCUUCUGCUGCUUCCAUAAACAAACAACUCAACGACAAAGAAAGGGUCAGAGCUGCAGCAGCAAACCCUUCGCUCAAACAAAUGAUAGACAGUGGGCUGAAGGAUACAGAUGUCUGGGCAGACGUACGAGACCUCUUGCGGUGUUGA